GAGCCACACCACUUGCUCUCCACCACUUCCUUUCCCACAUAUCCACACUCCUCCAGAUUCAAAACCCAAAUCUGAGAUUCGAUCUCACCGACGACUAUGAAGGUUGUCGACAAGAUCAAAUCCGUGACGGAGCAAGGCCAAACCGCCUUCUCCUUCGAGUUCUUCCCUCCGAAGACCGAAGAUGGAGUCGAGAAUCUCUUCGAGCGGAUGGAUCGGCUGGUCUCGUACGGCCCCAGCUUCUGCGACAUCACCUGGGGCGCGGGAGGAUCCACCGCGGAUCUCACCCUCGAGAUCGCGUCGAGGAUGCAGAACGCGAUCUGCGUGGAGACGAUGAUGCAUCUCACUUGCACCAACAUGCCGGUGGAGAAGAUCGACCACGCGCUCGAGACGAUCAGAUCCAACGGGAUUCAGAAUGUGCUUGCGCUUAGAGGAGAUCCGCCUCACGGGCAGGAUAAGUUCGUUCAGGUGGAGGGAGGGUUUGCUUGUGCUUUGGAUCUGGUGAAUCAUAUUAGGAGCAAGUAUGGUGAUUACUUUGGGAUCACUGUUGCUGGCUAUCCUGAGGCUCAUCCGGAUGUGAUUGAAGCUGAUGGACUUGCUACUCCCGAGUCUUAUCAGAGUGAUCUUGCUUACCUGAAGAAAAAGGUUGAUGCUGGAGCUGAUCUGAUUGUGACGCAGCUGUUCUAUGAUACUGAUAUUUUCCUCAAGUUUGUGAAUGACUGUCGGCAAAUUGGGAUUAAUUGUCCCGUUGUUCCUGGGAUUAUGCCCAUUUCUAACUACAAGGGGUUCUUGCGUAUGGCUGGUUUUUGCAAGACCAAGAUACCUGCUGAGCUCACUGCUGCCUUGGAGCCUAUCAAGGAUAAUGAAGAAGCUGUGAAGGCCUAUGGUAUUCACUUUGCGACCGAGAUGUGCAAAAAGAUUUUGGCCCAUGGAAUCACUACCCUUCAUAUCUACACACUUAACGUGGACAAAUCAGCUAUUGGAAUAUUAAUGGUUGUUCCUCAUUUCCU